GCUCAACUACGAUAAAUAAAAUCCAGUUGAUCCAGCCAGAUCCCUCUCUACAUUUUAGGAAAAUCAAACACAAAAUGGACGCUUUGCAAUUGCAAUUGCGUAUCGCUUCAAUCUCAAUUCACAGAGAAACGUCACCGUUUCAACGUUAUCUGAACGAAAUUCCGCGUACAUUGAUUCUAUAAGUAAGAAAUCAAUUUGAAAAUUGAAAGAAAUUUAGAGUUUCCACGUAGUUGUGCACUCAAACUCAUUCGCAAUCGUCAUGGCCAAUUCCGAUCUCUCAAUGCUUUUGCCAAGGGUUCUCAUCGUUUCUCGACGUACCAUCCGCAAGAACAAAUUCGUAGAUUUUGUUGGUGAGUAUCAUCUGGAUCUCAUAGUAAGAUAUGGAGCUGUUCCAGUCAUUGUCCCAAGAGUGAGUGGAAUUCACACUCUCUUAGAAAGCUUUGAGCCAAUCCAUGGAAUUCUUCUUUGUGAAGGUGAGGACAUUGAUCCCUCUCAUUAUGAUGCAGAACUGUGUGGACUUACACCUGAAGAACUUGAGCACAUAAGACAGCUUCACUCAAGUGAUGCUGCCACUGAUAAAGAGAAAGACUCCAUUGAGCUAAGGCUUGCAAAGCUCUGCCUUGAAAGAAAUAUACCUUAUUUGGGUAUAUGCAGGGGAUCUCAAAUCCUUAAUGUUUCAUGUGGAGGCACACUUUACCAAGAUGUAGAGAAAGAGCUAUUGGAUAAAUGCCUUGAAGGUCAAAGAGUUGUUCACAUGGACUAUGAAAACUAUGAUGGUCAUCGUCAUCCGAUAAAAGUAUCGGCGAACACCCCCUUACAUGAUUGGUUUAAUGACUCUUUUGUGGAUGACAAAAUGGAGAUCAUGGUGAAUAGUUACCACCAUCAGGGUGUUAAGAGACUCGCAAAGAGAUUUAUUCCAAUGGCAUUUGCUCCAGAUGGUUUGGUUGAAGGAUUUUAUGAUCCAAAUAAUUAUAAUCCUGAAGAUGGAAAGUUUAUUAUGGGCCUUCAAUUUCAUCCAGAGAGAAUGAGGCACCAAGACAGUGAUGAAUUUGAUUAUCCUGGAUGCAAUAUGGCUUAUCAGGAAUUUGUGAAGGCUGUAAUAGCUUAUGAGAAAAAACUUAGCAGCUCAACAUUUGUGCCAAAGUACAUAAAGCUAAAUGAGGAAUUGGAGCUAAAGAGAAAACUCAUUUUGAAAAGCUUUUCAGUUGCUAGAAACAUUUACAAGUCUGAUUCUCAUAUGAUUGCAAGCCGAAGUUCUGAACUUGAAGCAGGAGCAGACUUUCUACAGGCAAAUACAGCACUGAGUUUGCAGCAGGAGAAUAGGCUAAAGCAGGUUGGUGCAACAAUUAGAAACGGUUCAGGUUAUACACACAAGAUGAAAAUGAAUCAAGUGAGGGAGAAGACUGCUAGGACUAUGAUGGCAAAUAUGUCUAUGGAACAGUUAUCAGAAUUAGUGUCCUUCUACGGAUUGAUGCAUCAAAUAUGUUCUGAGACAAUGGAUAGAAAGAUGCAUGAGCUACUCGUGGAAGAAAGUUAAUUUCCUUGACAGUAAAAUGGUAGAAUUAUAAGUGUGCAGAAAUUUUGAUAUAUGUUUGCUUUGUUUUUUCUUACUUAACAAAUUUUGAGGAAAAAAUAUAAUCUUUUUGUUUUAUUUCCUUUUGUGAAAUGCUGAUUUUUUUUUCAUAGGUUAAUAGUGUUUUUUGUUCCUUUCAAUAGGCCGGUAGGUUUUAGUCUUUGUAAUUUUUUUGGUUUGAUCUUAUAUCAUUUAAGAUCUCCAACUUUUAGUCCAUGAUGGUAUUUGAUCCUCUAAAAACAAUGAGAUGCUUGCUUAUGGGCACUAUACAUGAUGAGAUAGAUUUUAUAAACAACAUUUGAAUUUUAUUUCAUCUGUUGUUUGCUCCAUGUUUUUUUUACCCUAGAAUUUUAUGGACAGAGCAUAUAUUUCAUCUUCUCCGAUGCAAAGUGUUCGAUUUUUGGCUCUUUGUAGCAGUUGGGUUCGUGCAUGUCAUUUGGUUAAUUCGCAGUGGAAGAUUGCAGUGGGUUUGUUUUCAGAUCUAGAGAAUAAACGAAGGGAAGUAAAUGUUCAUAUGUUGACCACUUCAAAUAAAAGAAAGCUGUUAAUCUGUGGAUGUGAACAAGUGAUGAAUGAGAAUGUGGAUUUUGAACAUUGUUGCAAUCAUCUUCAUCUCAUCAAUUUUGGCCUCAUUAUCUCUCCUUAAUUCAAUACAUUUAGAUUCUGCAACUUUCUAAAAAAUAUCAUCCACAUUGUACUCAACAUAUAUGUGAAUUUCUUUUU